AUUGAUGGUUGGACGAUGGCUUUUAUGAAAAAUCAACUUAUGUUACAUCCUCCACUCUAUUUACACAACACAAUGGUAUUUACUCAAUUUAACUCGAUUAUUGAUCAGCUUCCAACAACAUUGAAUGAUCCAAUUGAAAUAACGGAUGAAGUUUAUGAAGAAGACAGCAUAACAAGUCUGGGGCAGUUUGAAACUAAAAGGAGAAUGCUGACGAUGAAACAGCUCCAAACAGAGACAAUAAAGGAUAAUAUCAACCAAAAGCUGCGAACGUACUGGAAUAUGUAUUCUGAACUUAAGGCAGUCUUAAAGAGCAAUAGUACAAAGCUUACACAGAAACAAUUUGAGUUUGUAAUGAACUACUUUAUAGCAAAGAAAGAUUUCUAUGCGGAAAUAAAAGCAGAGUUAGGAAAGAUAUCGAGAGUGAACGAGACGUGACAUGACAUGUUCGAUGGGGGUUUUUU